AUGUCUUUAUUCAGUACUGAAAAUUUUGAUGAUAAAUUAAUUUUAAAAAAUGAAUAUAUUGAAGUAUUAGAAGGUCACGAGGAUGAUGUAAAAUAUGCGGUUGAAAACGAUUCUAUGGCCUUGGUCCUUGAAUCAAAAAAUGGCAAAACAAUUUUACAUCACAAAGGUUACCAAUAUCAUAGAGGAGAGAGCAGUGACCUCGGUUCACAAUGGACAUGCGCAGUUGCUGAUAAAUGUAACGCCUUCUUGUAUCUGGAUGAAGAAAACGAUAUAAUUCUAUCGAAUUUAAAUCAUGAUCAUGCCGAAUCUAUUGACUGGGAUCAAAUCGAUCUGGACGAUGAUGAUUCAGCCAUAGUAAUAUCGUCGCGGAAAGGCAAAGAUAUCCUGUUAUUCCGCAAGUAUACAUAUCGUAAGCAAUACAAUAAGAGUAGGAAGAGUCGCUGGGUUUGUUCGACAUUUAAGAACUGUCGUGCACACAUCUUCACUGACCGCAGCAAUACGAUUACAUUGACCAAUGAGGAUCACUGCCAUGACCCGCCUAAGUACUAUCUAAAUAGAGAUCACGUGUUAUUGGCUUUACAGAGAAAAAGGACAGCUCAACUCAAAUUUGCGAAUAACCAAUUUUAGAACGCGGAAAUUAUUAUUAUGGUGA